AUGUUCCCCGGGUCCGAUGUUCCUCGGGUUUACAUCCGUAUCCUUGACAACGAGUGGAACGUGUACCGUCGCUACACCGAGUUCAGAGAGCUGCACAACCUCCUACGAGCUCAGUUCCCUCAAGUGGACACCUUCAACUUCCCGCCCAAGAAGGCCCUGGGGAACAAGGUCAGUGCAGGGGCCUCUCCACGGGCUGCAGCCGGGGCCCUCCUCCGCACCUCGUAA